AUGCGCGUGGGCAGUAGCCCCUGAAGCCCGGCCGGAAGCCACCAGCUAGGAGGGACUGACCGCGCCGAAAGUGCCUGGACCGGGAAGAUGGGCAGAGACCCGUGCGCGGCGUCCCGCCCUGGCCUGCGGAGGUGGCUACUGCUGGCAGCAGUGACAGUGGGCUUCCUGGCCCAGAGCGUCCUGGCGGGUGUGAAGAAGUUCGACGUGCCCUGUGGAGGGAGAGACUGCAGCGGGGGCUGCCAGUGCUACCCCGAGAAAGGAGGACGGGGUCAGCCGGGGCCAGUGGGCCCCCAGGGCUACAGCGGACCUCCAGGCUUACAAGGAUUCCCAGGACUGCAGGGCCGCAAAGGUGAUAAGGGCGAACGAGGAAUCCCUGGAACAACCGGACCCAAAGGAGACGUGGGACCAAGAGGAGUUUCUGGAUUCCCCGGUGCUGAUGGAAUUCCUGGACCACAAGGACCCAAAGGGCAGAAGGGUGAGCCUUACGCACUGUCUGCAGAGGACCGCGACAAGUACAGGGGCGAACCUGGAGAGCCUGGACUGGUCGGUUUCCCGGGGCCUCCCGGCCGUCCCGGGUUUAUGGGGCCAAUGGGUCCUGUCGGAGCGCCAGGAAGACCAGGACCGCCCGGACCCCCUGGACCAAAAGGACAGCCAGGCAACAGAGGACUUGGUUUUUAUGGAGAAAAGGGUGAAAAGGGUGACAUUGGACAGCCAGGGCCCAACGGGGUUCCGUCAGACAACCUCCACCCCAUCGUCGGGCCCACCAAGACCACGGUGCACCCAGACCACUACAAGGGUGAGAAAGGAAGUGAGGGAGAACCAGGAGCACAGGGUAUCUCCUUGAAGGGAGAAGAAGGAAUCAUGGGCUUCCCAGGACCACGGGGCACCUCUGGCUUCGAUGGUGAGAAAGGAUCCCCUGGACAGAAAGGAAGCAGAGGCCUGGACGGUUUUCAAGGCCCCGACGGGCCCCGAGGACCCAAGGGAGAAGCAGGCGCCCAGGGCCCCCCAGGACUACCUGCCUACUCCCCUCAUCCUUCCCUGGCAAAAGGUGCCCGAGGUGACCCAGGCUUUCCAGGGGCCCAUGGGGAGCCAGGAAGUCAGGGCGAGCCAGGAGACCCAGGCCUCCCAGGCCUCCCCGGCAUAUCCAUCGGAGAUGGAGGUGAGAGGAGAGGCCUGCCUGGCGAGAUGGGCCCCAAAGGCUUCAGAGGUGACAAAGGCUUCCCUGCACUCUACCCCGGCCCACCCGGAACAGAUGGAGAGCCGGGGCUCCGAGGGCCCCCUGGGCCUCCUGGACUUCCUGGACCAGAUGGCUUCCUGUUUGGCCUGAAAGGAACAGAAGGCAGCGUGGGCUACCCUGGGCCUUCCGGCUUCCCUGGUGCUCGAGGACAGAAAGGAUGGAAAGGUGACUCUGGGGACUGCAAAUGUGCGGGUGACCAGUUCAUCGGAGGUCUCCCAGGACUGCCCGGACCCAAGGGCUUUCCCGGUGUCAGUGGGGAGCCAGGGAAGAAAGGUGACCAAGGAGACCCUGGCCAGCACGGCAUCCCUGGCUUCCCAGGGUUCAAGGGGGCCCCUGGCCUCAUCGGACUUCCUGGCCCCAAAGGAAUAAAGGGAGAUUCGAGAACCAUCACCACCAAAGGUGAAAGGGGACAGCGAGGUGUCCCAGGAGUGCCUGGGAUGAAAGGUGACGACGGCCUCUCAGGACAGGAUGGGCUGGAUGGAUUCCCUGGCCUUCCGGGCCCACCUGGCGAUGGCAUCCAAGGCCCCCCCGGGGACACAGGGCACUCCGGAGCUCCUGGAACCAAGGGCCUCCCAGGAGAAAUGGGCCCUCCAGGCCUGGGCUUACCGGGCCCGAAAGGCCUGCGUGGUACCCCUGGAGACGCCGGAUUACCCGGACCACCAGGCUUCCCCGGGCCUCCUGGCCCCCCGGGCACCCCAGGACAAAUCGACUGUGAUUCCGGCGUGAAGAGGCCCUUCGGAGGGGAUGGACAACGGCCCGUGCAGCCAGGUUGUGUCGGGGGGCCCAAGGGAUCUCCAGGCCGGCCAGGACCCCAGGGUCCCACAGGUGCCAAAGGUCUCAGAGGAUUACCAGGACUGUCAGGGGCUGAUGGAGCUCCAGGACUCAAGGGCUUACCAGGAGACCCAGGUCGUGAAGGAUUCCCCGGACCCCCAGCUGACACUCACUCCACGUCCCCCUCAGAGAACUCCUGCAUUUCUGAGGUCCAGGCCUCGCCUGCCCACCCCUCAGGUCCCAGCCCAUCUGGAUACCCGAGCCAGACCCUCCAUCUGCAUCUGACACAAGACUGCAUUAAGCCAGGCGCUGGCCCUGAUCGUGUCCCGUCCAUCCCCACGGGACCCGAUGUGACUUGUGAUGUAUUUGGGUAUUCAGGUGCCAAAGGUCUCAGAGGAUUACCAGGACUGUCAGGGGCUGAUGGAGCUCCAGGACUCAAGGGCUUACCAGGAGACCCAGGUCGUGAAGGAUUCCCCGGACCCCCAGGGUUUGUGGGACCCCGAGGAUCCAAAGGUGCAGUGGGCCUCCCCGGCCCGGAUGGACGCCCAGGUCCCAGCGGCCUGCCAGGGCCUGUCGGGCCCCCAGGAGACCGGGGUCUUCCUGGAGAAGUCCUAGGAGCCCAGCCCGGGCCCCGGGGAGAUGCGGGCCUGCCCGGGCAUCCUGGCCUGAAGGGCCUCCCAGGAGACAGGGGCUCCCCUGGAUUUAGAGGAAGCCAAGGAAUGCCUGGAAUGCCAGGGCUGAAGGGUCAGCUGGGAUUGCCCGGCCCUUCCGGCCAGCCAGGCCUGCCUGGGCCUCCAGGACAGCAUGGAUUCCCAGGAGUCCCCGGCCCAGAAGGACCCUUGGGACUGCCAGGAGCCCCCGGCUUUCAAGGUCUGCCUGGGGAUAGAGGGGACCCAGGUGACACAGGCGUCCCCGGCCCCGUGGGCAUGAAAGGUGUCUCUGGAGACAGAGGUGACGCUGGAUUCUCAGGGGAGCGAGGCCACCCAGGAAGCCCCGGAUUUAAAGGAAUGAGCGGGAUGCCUGGUACCCCAGGGCCAAAAGGGGGUAGAGGCUCACCUGGAAUGGACGGCUUCCAGGGCCUGCCAGGCCUCCAGGGAAGACCCGGAAUCCCAGGAAGCAAAGGAGAGGCUGGAUUUUUUGGAGUUCCUGGCCUGAAGGGGUUGGCUGGUGAACCAGGUGUUAAAGGCAGCCGAGGAGACCCUGGACCCCCAGGACCCCCUCCCAUCAUCCAGCCAGGGAUGAAGGACAUCAAAGGGGAGAAAGGAGAUGAGGGGCCCAUGGGGCUGAAAGGAUACCUGGGUUUGAAAGGUAUCCAAGGCAUGCCAGGGGUCCCCGGGCUGGCAGGCUCCCCUGGACUGCCCGGAAGGCCCGGCUUCAUCAAAGGUGUCAAAGGCGACAUCGGCGUCCCCGGCGUGCCCGGUUUGCCAGGAUUCCCUGGGGUGGCAGGCCCUCCCGGAAUUAUCGGGUUCCCCGGGUUUACAGGGAGCCGGGGUGAAAAGGGCGCCCCAGGGAGACCAGGCCUUUACGGCGAGAUCGGCCCCACUGGAGACUUGGGUGAUAUUGGGGACACCAUAGACUUGCCGGGAAGCCCGGGCUUGAAGGGCGAGCAGGGCAUCGUUGGGACUCCAGGUCUGAAGGGAUUCUUUGGGGAGAAAGGAGCAGAGGGAGAAGUCGGCUUCCCCGGGGUAACAGGCGUGACUGGAAUCCCAGGCUCUCCGGGACCUAAAGGACAAACAGGCUUUCCAGGACUGACAGGGCUGCGGGGGCCUCAGGGAGAGCCCGGGAGGAUUGGAGUACCCGGCGACAAAGGGGAUUACGGCUGGCCGGGGUCACCAGGCCUCCCAGGCUUCCCGGGACUCCGCGGGAUCGGUGGACUGCACGGCUUGCCAGGCACCAAAGGCUUUCCGGGAUCACCAGGGGCUGACAUCUAUGGAGACCCAGGCUCCCCGGGCCCCAGUGGGGACAGGGGUGAGCCCGGAGAGCCCAACACGCUGCCAGGCCCCACAGGACUCCCAGGACAGAAAGGAGAGCCAGGAGCUCCAGGGGAACGAGGCCCAGCUGGGAGUCCAGGACUGCAGGGGUUCCCCGGCAUCACCCCGCCUUCCAACAUCUCUGGGCUGCCUGGUGACAAAGGGGCGUCAGGGAUAUUCGGCCUGCAAGGUUACCGAGGACCCCCAGGGCCCCCCGGGCCUGCCGCUCUUCCUGGAAGCAAAGGAGACACGGGAAACCCGGGAGCAGCCGGAAUCCCAGGCACCAAGGGUUGGGUCGGAGACCCUGGGCCCCAGGGUCGGCCUGGGGUUUUUGGUCUCCCAGGAGAAAAAGGGCCCGUGGGCGAGCAAGGACUUAUGGGCAACCCCGGAGCAACCGGCACUGUGGGUGACAGGGGACCCAAGGGACCCAAAGGAGACCAGGGUGUUCCAGGUGCCCCCGGCCCUGUAGGCGCCCCAGGGAUCGCAGGAAUCCCCCAGAGGAUCGCCGUCCAGCCUGGGACAGUGGGUCCGCAGGGACGGAGGGGCCCUCCCGGGGCACAGGGAGAGAUGGGGCCCCAGGGCCCUCCUGGAGAGCCAGGUUUCCGGGGAGCUCCAGGGAAGGCUGGGCCCCAGGGCAGAGGCGGCGUGUCUGCUAUUCCUGGCUUCCGAGGGGACCAAGGGCCCAUGGGGCACCAGGGACCCACCGGCCAAGAAGGGGAGCCGGGCCGUCCAGGGAGCCCGGGCCUGCCGGGCAUGCCGGGCCGCAGCGUCAGCAUCGGCUACCUGCUGGUGAAGCACAGCCAGACCGACCAGGAGCCCAUGUGCCCCGUGGGCAUGGACAAGCUGUGGAGUGGGUACAGCCUGCUGUACUUCGAGGGCCAGGAGAAGGCCCACAACCAGGACCUGGGGCUGGCAGGCUCCUGCCUGCGCCGGCACACUGCAGCCGGCGACGAAGGUGGCGGUCAGUCGCUCGUGUCGCCGGGCAGCUGCCUGGAGGACUUCCGCGCCACGCCCUUCAUCGAGUGCAACGGCGGGCGCGGCACCUCCGCCAACAAGUACAGCUUCUGGCUCACCACCAUCCCCGAGCGCAGCUUCCAGGGCUCGCCCUCGGCCGACACGCUCAAGGCCGGCCUCAUCCGCACGCACAUCAGCCGCUGCCAGGUGUGCAUGAAGAGCCUGUGAGGCCGCCGGGCGCGAGGCCACUGGUGCUCACUACCGCGUUACCUCAGGUGCCCACGGGCCGACCCUCCUAGAAAGGAAGCCAGCGAAGGCGGCAGCACCCGCGCUCACUCCGGGCGCUGCAGCUGCGGGUCAGCCCUGUCCCCAGGAGACUCCGCCCCCAACGGGGACACGGGCAGCCCGCGGGCCACACUAACCGUGCCUCUAGGUGAGACUAACCACUGCCCGUCCCUGUAGCCACCGCACUGUCCGUUCCCCGGAGCACGCGCGUCCCUCACCUGGUGGGCGGUUCGGACCAGACGGCAGCAGCGAAGCGCCCUCAGUGCCGAAGGGCUCGGGGCCGUGAGCUCACCGUCCUCAGACCCAGGGCCCUGGGCUUCCUCCAAGCCAGCACGGCAGCCCGUCGUGCCCGCGUUGU